AUGAUUCGUGUCAUCUUUUUUAUGGAAUUUAUUCAGGUUUUAAUGUAUUUUAAGCUUUACGGAAGUGGCGUUGAUGAAUUAGCUAUAUUCUCAGGCCUGUACACUAAUCAAUAUAAAGAUGUUUGGUUAACAACUACGAAAUCAAGUGCAAGUAGUUGGCGUAAAGCUGAUUUCCAUUUUACGCCGCGACAACGCAGAACUCGAAUUAUUCUUGAUGGUGUUUUGGGAAGAGGACAUGGUGGGCAAAUUGAAGUUGACUAUAUCUUAAUUGCGCCGUACGAAGUAAAUUGUUAUACUGGUAAUGGAGUUUACUAUAGAGGUAGCAUUACGAAAACGAUUAGCGGCUACAAUUGUCAGCAAUGGAAGUCGAAUUCCCCACAUAAUCAUAGCUAUUCACCUUCAAAAUAUCCAGAUGAUGACUUAUCGUAUAAUUACUGUCGAAAUCCUGGUGGAAAAAGCUCUAGGCCGUGGUGUUAUACAACUAAUUCACAGAAAGUAUCGGAGUAUUGCAAUAUUCCUUCUUGCUAUGGAGGAUCUACAACGACUUCCUAUCCUUUACGUACUACUACGAAAUCUCUAGGAACUCAAAUGCAAAUAACAGAGUCGGUUCAGUUAUCCAAUUACUUGUCCGGUGUCGUAGAAAUUAAAGCACAUGGAGUUUGGGGUUAUAUGUGUGCGGAAAAUCUUAGUAAUAAUACAGCAAACGUUCUUUGUCGCCAAAUGGGAUAUUAUGUAUCAUCUCGUCACUAUCCUGGUUCUCCACUCAAUCCUCAAAGUAGCUAUCAAGUAGCGUCAUACAACUGCACUGGUUUAGAAUCAUCAAUAGAACAUUGCCCAAGCUUGCGUAAUACUAAUGGUAGCUACAUUUGUAAUAACCCGCAAUCUGUGGCUGUUGUUGCAUGUGAACAAUCAAGUGGGAAUACCACUUCUUGCAAAUUUGAUAAGGGCUUUUGCGGCUGGUCUCAGCCGCAAAGAAAUCUGAGGAUGGAUUGGACUUGGCAAAGCAACUAUAUUUUUCCUGGUACAAACUUUAAAAAAAGUGACCCAAGUAUAGUUGUAUCGACAAGGAAUGGCUUUUACCUUGACAAAGCUAUCCUUCGUAGCCCUCAACAAAGUUUCCAAAGUUCGAUCGUUACGAUAAGAUUUAAAUAUUACCUAUCAAGUAGCGGAAGUGUUCUUACCCUCAAGGUUGAUGAAAACAACAAAAUAAUUAAGAAAAUGAGUCAUGAUACCAACGGUGCAUGGAUUUCCGUAUAUACGGAAGUACUGCCCUCAGUAAAAACAUUUACGAUUAGCUUCGUUGUUAUGAAAACGUCUUCUGAAAGUGUGAUCGUAGGAUUAGAUGACAUUUCUAUUGUUGGUAUUACACCAGAGCCCUUUGUACGUAAGUGUAUACGUGCAACUGUUGCAACUGCUUUGAUACUAGGUUGCAUCCUGUUGAUGAUCUGUCAAAUUUGUAAGAAGAAACCGUUACGAACAAUAGCAGACGAGAACCCGCCUACCUACGAUCAGAUUGUACCACCUGAAGACGAAAGUCCCACUGAACAUGAUAUCAUUCCCGACGAAUUGACUACAAAUAGAAUCAAUGAUAAUAUGGAACGAGAACAAGUUCGUUCAUGUCCCAGAAAUGGAACAGCAGAUAGGUCUAUAAUAUCUCCUAAUACUGUAAGAUCUAGGGAAAGUUUGACCGCGGAAGUUUGA